GCGGUCAUUACCUUCGUUGAUUGUUGGGAUCACUUUCUGACGUACAGAGAGAAGAGAGCUCGCUCUUGGCUGAGCCACACAUCUGUAUUGCGUGAUUUUGUGUUUUUUUUUUUACCUGUCUCUUUGCUUCUGUGAGCGCCGCACACGUUGUGCGGUAUCACAAGAAGAUAACUAAUAGCUGUAAUUCCUUUUUGUUUUUCUCGUAGUAGAGAACAAACUUCAUCUCGAAUCGUUGAGGUGACUAUUCUGGUGAGGUAACUUUUUCUUUCUGUUAUUCUUUGGCCCAUUUGUUUGAUAUCGUCUCGGGUGUGUAAAGGACGAUCGACGCUCACCCUAGGGAAGGCAGCGCUACAAAGAGGAGAAAAGGGAAAAACGAAGCACGCUGACACGUAUUAAAACGUUCUGACCGUACCCUUUCAAUAAAUUGUAGGAUUUUUAUGGGGGUUAACGUUUAGUUUGUGCGUUUUUCGAACUUUUUUAUUUCCUUUUCUUCCUGUGUGUUUGCACGUGGUGGAUGAGAGAGACGGAGAGCGAAGCGACGUUUUACUGAUGUCCUUGAAUGCGAGCGAGGUGAUAGUGGAGGCGGAGAGAGCAAGCCCGCCGACGCCCUCCCUCACAAUUCAAAAAGAGGACAGUCGCCUUCUCUCGCGGAGCAAUGGGAGCGACGAAGCCCUCCCUGAUCUUUCUGCCAACGCUAACUGCGUUGACAGUGGAGGACUCAGCAGACCGCAGAGGCGUGUGGUGGUGCAUGUCCCUCCUGCCGGCAGUCCACAAGGCUAUCACACCUACGUUGUGCUCGACGCAGACAUGGAAGGCUCUCCCUCAGAGAGCGUCGCCUCUCCGCCAUUUUUCCCGACCAGCCGGCACCACAGCUUCUUCAUGAGCGACCUCGACAGCCACGCCGGCGAAGGCGAUCAAAGUCCGGUGACGAGCACCCACCCCUCGUGGACGAAAACCUCGAGCCCGACGGCUGCCUUCGCCGGUGUCAUGGCGCGCGCUCAGCCCCAGUGCGGCCCCGCGCUGGUGAGCGAUACCACGAAAAGGAUGAACAGCGGCAAUGUCGAUGUUGUCGUCGUAGACACAACGUGUCCGCCAGCAGCUGCGGCGAGCACCUCUACGCCAAACAGCGAACCCGCCGACGGUGCAGCGCACUCUACCGCCCCUCCCACGACGGAGCAGGCGGUGGAAGUGAAGCCCGUGAAGCGUCGCCAGCAUCGUCAUCGUCUUGUGGCUGUAGCCCCUCCGCUGGGCCCGGACCGCCCACGGCAGUGGAGCCUGCUAACGAUGGGACCCGAUCCAGACCUCCCCCUCUACACUUUUAAGGAGCUCCCGCACUGGCAGAAGUACAACCCAUACAUUCGCAGUGGCUACCGUGCCUUUUACACCGCCGGCAUGUGCCUGAAGAGUAUGCUGGGUUGGCACAACGAGACCAUCAACGUGUAUUCGCACCUUCUCACUUUUGUUGCCUUCGCCGUCUUCACGACGCUGCUUUACACAACAGUGCUGAGCAAACGCAUUACGGUGCCGUCGAUGAAGGCGUCGAAGCUCAUGUACGCCGUUUUCUGCUUCGGCUCCAUGCUCUGCACACUCAACAGCUCCAUCUACCACCUGUGCAACUGUCACUCCCACCAACGCGUCAUGACGGCGAUGGGCCGACUUGACUUCAUCGGCAUCACCGUCCUCAUCGUAACCAGCUUUCUGCCCCCAUUGUAUGUCAUGUUCCACUGCUAUAGUACGCUGCGUAUUGUGUACAUCGCGUCGAUUAUCAUCUUGGGAUCGGCGGCCGUGAUUGGGCCGUGGACGGACAUCUUCCACGAGCAAGUCGGACUGCGCGUGGCAACCUUUUUCGGCCUGGGCCUUAGCGGAUUAGUCCCGGCCGUGCACAGUGUGUUCCUGCUGCCCUUCACCUCCGCGGCGUCGUCUGUUGCCGUCGGGGUGGUGCUCAUGGUGUUGCUCUACUCCAGCGGCGUGGCGUUCUACGUGACGCAGUUUCCGGAGAGUAAGUUCCCUGGCCACUUCGACUUUUGGCUCUCCAGCCACCAAAUUUGGCACUUCUUCGUGUCUAUGGCGGCGCUUGUGCAUUACUUUAACUGCGUCAGCAUGUAUCAGAUGUGGCAGAUCAGUGACGGCGUGUGCAACUAG